GCAACACAACGCAACAUGGCGCCAUGUCUCGCUGUCACUCUGUCCUCUGGCUACAAGAUGCCUGUCCUUGGCUUCGGCACCUACAACAACAUGGAAGAUCACGAGGCGGUGGGUGAGUCGGUGAAGGUGGCUGUGGAUGCUGGUUACCGCUAUUUCGACACGGCCCAUCUCUACCUCUGUGAACCCGCUAUAGGCAAAGCCCUCCGCCAGAAAAUAGACGAGGGUGUGGUGAAGCGUGAAGAGCUCUUCAUAUGUUCCAAGCUCUGGAACGAUCGACAUGGAGACGUGGAAGAAUCGUUGAUGGAGUCGCUGAAUGACCUGGGACUGACCUACCUUGACCUCUAUAUAAUACACUUUCCAGUGUCCUUCAAGCGACACCCAAGAAUUCAGAAUUCUAAAGAGCUGAAUGCAGCGUACGAACCAGGGCACGUCGACAUUCUGGACACCUGGAGGGACAUGGAGAAACUGGUGGACAGGGGACUAGUUCGAAGCAUCGGCUUGUCGAAUUUUACCAUUCCUCAGAUCACUCGCAUCUUGAAAGACCCCGGUGUCGCCAUAAGCCGGCAUAUCUACAGUGUGAUGUCACUGUCCAUGUCUGUGGUGCAGGUUGAGGUCCAUCCUUACUUCAGCAACAGCGACCUCGUGGACUUCUGCAAGCAGGAAGGAAUUGUUGUCACUGCCUACGCGCCUAUAGGACGAGCUGGCACUGACUACGACAUGACACCAUCUGUAAAUGUCCUCCAGGAUCCGGUAUUGAAUAAAAUUGGUGAAAAAUACAAAAAAACAGCUGCACAGGUGGCGCUGCGCUGGAUCAUACAGAGAGGUCUUACAGUUAUUGUCAAGAGUCUGACACCAGCUCGCAUUAAAAGUAACUUUCAGGUCUUUGACUUCGAACUCACCUGUGAGGAAAUGGCGGCCAUAGCGGCACUGGACCGUGGACUCCGCCUGUGUGCAUUUCCACGAUGGAGUAACGUUCCUGAAUAUCCCUUCUAAUGGGAAGGUUUGCUUUCAUCAGCGCAUUAAAAAUGAAAUAAAAAGCCGAUGUGAAUUAGUAUUCUCAUGCGAACGACGCCUGUAGUUCAAUAGAUAAGUAUACAUGUUACAAAGAAAUGCUUAUAAUACUAAUUUGAAUGAACAGAUUUUUUUCAUUCUCUCACUAUCACGGUGUAAGAUGUGUGUUUUUUACUUACAUGGAGACUUCGUAUGGCACUGACAUAAAUUGUCUGAACCACAGUAAUUUGUCAAGACUGGUCUUCACUUUAACACUUUUGAUUGAAUUGUUACUAUAAUGAACUUUUCUGGAUUUUUAUCUAUUUAUGCACCAGAAUUUUUUUUAAAAAGUGUAUAAUCCUUUUAUUUUGCUUCAGGUUUUAGACAUAUACCCCGCAUUUAGAUAGCACGAUUUUUUGUCUAUAUAUAUAUCUACUAUAUACGUUCGUUGUCAAUGCAUGUAUUCCCCCUAACUAAAGACACAAAGUAGAAAAAUAUCUUCCAGAACAUUUUUAAAGCAUAAUUCUUUUUUUAUUUAGUUUAUUCUGUAGACAUAUUUUUGUUUUAAGUGACUUCCCAAAUUUAAAGGAAUUUUUUUUUAUUAAAUAUAAAUUAAUAUGAAAUGGCAGUAUUUUAAAGCUUCAAUGACACACACACACAGAGAAGAGCGAGAUCACAUGACAUGCAUCCAAUGUCCAAAAACAUGCUCAGAUAUAUUUAUGUUUCCAGAGAUUUUCGUUAUGAAGUUCGCAUUUUUACUUUGAAGCAGAAAUAAAUAUUUUCAUUCUUUUAUUCUCUUAUACCAUGAUCAUUUAUAUUCGGCAAGUAUUCAAGGAGCAAUGCAUUUGGGUGGUUCAUUUUGGUGCUAAGCCAUGUUUUGGUGUUCAUCUUGAAAGAGUAUUUAAGAGUAGUAAAUGUUAGCAUUUACUUUUGUUCGUAGCAUAUGUCGAAAUUAUAACAAAGAGUAGUAGUAUUUUUAAAUUUUUCUUUGAUUAAAUAUAUGUUAAUGGAA